AUGUCAAUCGAACCUUCACAGGUGGAAACACCAAAAAAUAUCGCGAUAAUAGGAAUUCAAGACGAAUAUACCCGAAAAAUUAUAAUCAAUUCAUUCAAAAAAAUUCUACCCGAUUUGCAAAUAUUUAAAUUUUCAAAGACGACGACGACGUUUACCUUCACAACCGCAAAAAUAAUACAUUGGUUAGAAUAUGAGGACAUCGAUUUUUUUAAUCGAACAUUGUUAAAUAAACAUUCGCUACUGAUUAAUUCAUAUUGUAUCAGGAAAGGAUUGAUUCGUAAAGCAAAUUUUAAUUUCAAUAUACGAAAAUAUUUGAGUAAAAAUCCAAAUAGUAUUUUAAAGAGUUCCAUACCUGAAACAUGGUUCUUUGAAGUUACGCACAAAGAUUAUUUGGAUGAAGCUCUUGAAGAAAUUUUUGAGGUUGUAAACGAAUGUAAAGACAAUGAUGAAAGGAUUAAUGAAGAAAAGGUUAAAUUUAUUCUAAAACCUAGUUUAGCGGUAUCAAAUUUACAAGUUUAUCUCUACAAAGAUAUGUUGGCUCUUUUCGCGUUAAACGCGUACGCGCCCACCGAGAUCAAUGACUUUUUAUCACAUUUAACGAAUACUUGUUUACAAAUGAAUGAAAUUUCCUUUAAGGAAUCAAAUCAAGUAAAAUUAUUUUGGGACUUAACAAAAGAUAAUGAAGGUGAGAAAGGAAUGAUCAGUAAACUUGAUUUAGAGAUGAUUUUUAAUCAGAUCAAAUCAAUUUUAAAUGAUUGCUUUGAUUCUAUCGUUAAUGAAGUAACUCAAUUUAUGCCCAUGGAAAACGCGUUUGAAUUAUUUGGCUUUGAUUUUUUGGUGGAUCAUGAAAAGAACGCUUAUCUAUUGGAAGCUAAUUCCACGGGUGAUGGAUUGUCUCACGUAAUUUCAAAAAUGUUUGAAGACACCAUAAAAUUGGCAAUCAUUCCUUUCUUCGAAGAUGAAGAAUUCAUUAAAGAUCAUGAUUCAAAAUUUUGUUUGUAA